UCUCCCCCCUUCAUUUAAACACACUCUCUCUCUUGCUCUCUCUCCUGCUGCCCAUGUGUGCAUGGUGCAGAACUUCACAGAGAAACUUCUGUUAACAGAGGAAAGCCAAGAAGUUGCCCUUUUACAGUCUAGCAACUUUUGGUUCUGCAGUUUUAAAAGCACACCUGGACUAAAGGAAGACCUCUUCAAAUAGGACUUUUUUAAAACUUUGUGGAACCCAGACACCUUCACCUUUAUCCAAUGGAUCCCACGGAAUACCCAGACAGCUACGAUUAUUAUGAAGACAACGAGACGGCGUGCGACUACUCAGAGUGGGAGCCAUCCUACUCGCUCAUCCCUGUCCUCUACAUGCUCAUCUUCAUCCUUGGUCUGUCCGGGAAUGGGAUGGUCAUCUUCACCAUGUGGCGUUCGGCCAAGUCCAAGCGCCGUGCCGCAGACGUCUACAUCGGAAACCUGGCUUUGGCCGACCUGACCUUUGUGGUGACCCUGCCACUGUGGGCUGCGUACACGGCACUUGGGUACCACUGGCCUUUCGGUGUGGCACUUUGCAAGAUCAGCAGCUACGUGGUGCUGGUGAACAUGUAUGCCAGUGUCUUUUGCCUCACCUGCUUGAGCUUUGAUCGCUACCUGGCCAUUGUGCAUUCACUGAGCAGCAACCGUCUUCGAUCCCGAGGCACCGUGAUGGUAUCACUUGGUGCCAUUUGGCUGCUUUCCGGGACUCUCGCUGCACCUACUCUGCUCUUUCGUACCACGGUGGAUGAUGCAGUCAGCAACCGCACCACCUGUGCCAUGGACUUCAGCCUGGUGACCCUUAAUCAGCGCCACGAGUCACUUUGGAUCGCCGGUUUGAGCUUGUCAUCCUCAGCUCUUGGCUUCUUGCUCCCCUUUAUGGCCAUGACUGUGUGCUACUGCUUGAUUGGCUGCACGGUGGCACGCCACUUUGGCCACCUGCGCAAGGAGGACCAGAAGAAGAGGCGCCUCCUGAAGAUCAUCACCACUCUGGUGGUGGUGUUCGCCCUCUGCUGGACGCCUUUCCAUGUGCUGAAGAGCAUGGACGCACUGUCAUACCUGGGACUGGCUCCAACGUCCUGUGGUUUCCUGCACUUCCUGCUGCUGGCGCACCCGUAUGCCACCUGCCUGGCGUACAUCAACAGCUGCCUCAACCCGUUCCUCUAUGCCUUCUUCGACCUGCGUUUCCGCUCGCGCUGCCUCUGCCUGCUCAGCCUGAAGAAGGUUGUGCACGGUCACGUCAGCUCUGCCUCGUCCACACUCAGUGCACAGACCCAGAAGUCCGAGUUGCACUCACUUGCCACCAAAGUGUGAGGCGAAGGAGAGCAGAAGGAGACAAGAGGAAGGAUAAAAAGUGGAGGUGAGAGGAGAAGUGGGGAGCAACCAGACGGCUGGUCCAUUCUGGUGGCUUGACUCAUCCAGGCUGAGCCUCAAACAUGAACAUUAUUUUGACUGAAAAGAUAAAGGACUUUUGAGUCUCUCUCUGUGUCUCUGUCAAGAAAUGGUCCAUUAUAUGUACAGUGUGUAAAUAAUACUCCCAGGGUUGUGUAUUCUACUGUAUGAAUAAUGGUGUAUGAGUGUGUGUAUGAGAACUGUAUGAGGAGGAAUUUUGAGGAAUUUUUAUUUUUGCAUCCUGCUUCAAUUUUCAACUCCAUCGAGGUGAUAACAGAGAAACCUAUGGCUUGUAUGUGAAUCUCUCUGAAUGUGUGUGUGUGUGUGUGUAUGUACACUGGUCUAAGACUACAAAUUGUACAGUAUUUUCAUACUUCAAAAACAUGUUUAGCAUCUGUAGCACUUGUGUAAAAUGAAGAUAUAAAUGUAUGAGUUUGUAUAAUGAGCCCUUCUUCCUGGCUGUGCUCGUGUGUUUGCUGAUGAAAGCUUCAAAGCAUGUGUGUGUGUGUGUGUGUGUAGUGCAGGGGGGGCAAGUAACUAAAGUAAAGGUGUUGCAGCUUAAUUAGAUAGUUUAAAGAGUGGUCAGAGACAUGGGAGGAGGAGGAGACGGGGCAGACAGACAGAUGGCAGCUGACAAAUGUCUCUUGGAAAGGGAGGGAGGUGAGGAAGGGAGGAGGAGGGGGUCAGGGUGGUGGUGCACUCCAGAUAAAGUAGGGCUCAUGAAAUGUUUUAUUUUUGCUGAUCUUUCUGU